UAUCUCUUAGGCGUUUUGUCACUCACCGGUUACUGCAGACCUUUUGAUGUAGCUGCAAAUGGUUAUUCGCGUGCUGAAACGGUGUCAGUGAUAUACCUUCAAAAGGCGAAGAAUGCGAAGAGGAUUUAUGCUAUAUGUCCGCAUAUUAAAUUAAACAGUGAUGGUUAUAAAGAAGAAGGAAUAACAUAUCCAUCGUCGUUUAUGCAAAGUAAUUUACUAACAGAAUUUUACAAUGAAUGCGGAAUACCGACAUCUUGUUUAGAUUAUGUUGAAGCACAUGGUACCGCUACCAAAGCUGGCGAUCCCCCAGAAAUUAAUGCUAUCUCUAAUGUAUUGUGUAAGAACAGAGAUAGUCCAUUAAUGAUCGGCUCUGUAAAAUCCAAUCUUGGUCAUGCUGAACCUGCUGCCGGUUUCAAUCAAAUCGCUAAGGUAAAACAACAAACUUUCCAUUUUUAUUUGUUAUUAAAAAAUUUGUUUUUAUUUCACGUAAUCACAUAUAUACUCAAAAUGAGAAAAUUUAUUUAAAAAUAUUCGUAAUAU